UUAAUCUGUAAUCUGUCACUAUGACAUUUCACUACAUGGUAAAAUACGCCGGGCGAGCACGUUCUGUAAUAUAGGAAGGUCCAGCAUCAUAUAAAAAUAAUUUACACUAGAAUUGAAUGUUUCUCUUAUCGUGAAUUUGUUUCUUCCGAAUAACGUUGUUAAAAAUAUUUCAGAAUGCCCCCUAAAAAGGUGGAAGAACCUGAGAAAAAGCCACUCAUUGGAAGAGUUGGUACCAACUUGAAAGUGGGUAUUGUUGGAGUGCCUAAUGUGGGCAAAUCAACGUUCUUCAACGUUUUGACCAAGAGCCAAGCUGCCGCUGAGAAUUUCCCAUUCUGCACCAUUGACCCUAAUGAAAGUAGGGUACCGGUGCCGGAUGAGAGAUUUGACUACCUAUGCCAGUAUCACAAGCCUGCGAGCAAAGUACCAGCUUUUCUGAACGUGGUCGAUAUCGCUGGUUUAGUACGUGGUGCUGCCGAGGGCCAGGGUCUCGGCAAUGCUUUCCUUUCUCACAUCAAAGCUUGCGACGCCAUCUUUAAUUUAUGCCGUGCAUUUGACGACGAAGACGUAAUCCACGUGGAUGGCGACGUGAAUCCUGUCCGCGAUCUGGAGACGAUCGGCGAAGAGUUGCGGCUCAAGGACGAGGAGCAGCUCAUGCAGCACAUCGAGAAGCUCGACAGGGUCGUUAAUCGCGGCGGGGAUAAGAAGUUGAAACCGGAAUAUGAAGCUCUGGCGAGGAUCAAAUCAAUUUUGGUUGAAGAAAAGAAACAUAUUCGUUUUGGUGAUUGGAGUGCUGCUGAUAUUGAAGUGCUCAACAAAUAUCUGUUCCUGACAUCAAAACCAGCAUUGUACCUUGUGAACUUAUCCGAGAAGGACUAUAUCCGAAAAAAGAAUAAGUGGCUUCCAAAACUUAAAGAGUGGAUUGACAAAAAUGAUCCCGGCGCGCUCCUUAUUCCCUUCUCUGGAGUGUUAGAAAACAAACUGCUUGAGAUGGAACCUGCUGAGAAAGAGGCAUUCUUAAAAGAACACAAUAUUACCAGCGCUCUAGACAAAAUCAUCAUACAAGGCUAUAAAGCCCUGCAGCUAGAAUACUUCUUCACCGCCGGACCGGAUGAAGUCAAAGCAUGGACUAUUCAGAAAGGUACUAAAGCGCCCCAAGCCGCGGGAAGAAUUCACACAGACUUCGAGAAAGGUUUCAUCAUGGCUGAGGUGAUGCAUUACAAAGACUUCAAAGAGGAAGGCACUGAGGCUGCCUGCAAGGCCGCUGGCAAAUAUAGGCAACAAGGCCGAAAUUACGUUGUUGAAGACGGCGACAUCAUUUUCUUUAAGUUCAACGCUGGUGCCGGUUUAAAAGAUGCUAAGAAGAAAUGACGUGACAAGGUACUCUUGCUUUUGGUACAUCUGUUGUACCUCAACCUUGUUCUUUAUACUCUGCUACACGUCGCUUAAAUAAAAUAAGAUUUUUUACAUAAUUAAAUUUAUUUAUGAAAUAAGGAUGGCCUUUAAUAUUAUAUGAUUUAACUGAACAGCUUGUUGAUGUUUGUGUAAUGUAGUUUAUUUGAAUUGUAAAUUUGGAUUGAAACCUAAUUAUAGAACUUCGACAAACUC